CCACGCCCCCUCUGACCGAUUCUUCCGCAUCAUGAACGCGUUCGAUUUAUUCUCAGGUUUAUUAUCAGUGUCGGAGAUUCAGAGGAAAGUGAGGGAUAAAGAGCUCAGGGGUGAGUGGUACAAACACUGUAUGGGGUGAUGAAGAUGGAGAGCAGAAGAAAACGUCGAGGUUCAUUUAAGGAAGUAAACAUGAAGGCUGGAGACAUCACCAAGACUAAAGGAGACUAUCAUAAGAGCAGAAAUGGAAGUGUGGAGCUGGAAAGGAAUACGAAAGAGAAGCUUCUGCUGAGGAAGAAAGUUGAGCAGCUGAAAGUGGACUUGAUGCGCCACUUUGACUCUCAGCUGAAUGAGUUUGUCGACUCUCUGGUGGACGAAGCCCACAGUCCGGGUUCUUCUUCUCUGCACUCUUCCACUCAGCCUCUUCCAGACAAAGAGAGAACCAAGAACCUCGGGUCUUCUCAAGGUCAGAGUAAACAGUUUGUCAUCCGUCGCUCUCUAUUAGAUGAGCUCUUUGAGGUGAAUCACAUCCGUACCAUCUAUCACAUGUUCAUCGCCCUGCUCAUCCUCUUCAUCCUCAGUACAUUAGUCGUAGACUUCAUCGACGAGGGGCGGUUGGUGCUGGAUUUUGAUUUGCUGGUGUUUGCGUUCGGUCAGUUUCCCCUCGUCGUGGUCUCGUGGCUCUGUAUGUUUGUUUCAGCGCUCGUUGUUCCAUUUGUGCUUCUUCGUUGGUGGGCUGUUGUGUAUUCUUCAUCCCACCAUCAAACGGUCUACACGCUUAUCGCCCUAAUGCUCCUGAUGCUGUACCAAAUCCUCGGACUCGGCUUCCUGCCCACUUACAUUGUGCUGAAAAAUAACCUUCCUCCCGCCUCCUGCUUCAUCCUCAUCCUCGAGCAGGUGCGUCUGAUGAUGAAGGUUCAUUCGUUUAUCCGGGAGAACGUGCCACGGCUGUGGUCCUCGGGCAAAGAGGGCUCAGCUUCAGUAGCAGUGCCUCAACUGAACUCGUACCUUUACUUCCUGUUUGCACCCACUCUGAUCUACAGAGACCGAUAUCCAAGAAAUCCGUGUGUUCGCUGGAGUUAUGUAGCCACCAAGUUAUUACAGGUGUUGGGCUGUUUGUUCUACGCCUAUUACGUGUUUGUGCGUCUCUGCAUCCCUCAAUUUCGCAGUGUGAGCUUGCAGCUGUUCGACCUUCGAGUGAUGGUGCUCUGUAUCUUCAGCUCCAUCCUGCCAGGAGCACUGAUUCUCUUUUUGGCCUUCUUUGCCUUUCUGCACUGCUGGCUAAAUGCUUUUGCUGAAAUGCUGCGGUUUGGGGACAGAAUGUUUUAUAGGGAUUGGUGGAAUUCAACGUCUUUCGCGAACUAUUACCGCACAUGGAACGUGGUAGUGCACGACUGGCUAUAUUACUACGUCUAUCGGGACUUCCUGUGGAUGACGCAGAAACGUUUCCGAGCGGCCGCCAUGUUUGUUGUUUUCACCGUCUCUGCUGUGGUUCAUGAAUACGUCCUGGCCGUGUGUUUCGGGUUCUUCUAUCCUGUCCUCUUCUGCCUCUUCAUGUGCUUUGGAAUGAUGUUUAACUUCAUCCUGCAUGAUCGGAGGACAGGGCCUGUGUGGAACAUCAUCGUGUGGACUGCUUUGUUUCUCGGUUUAGCUGUUUUGCUGUGUCUUUACUCUCAGGAGUGGUACGCUCAGAAAUACUGCCCUCUACUGGAGCCUUCUUUGCUCGAUUUGCUGAAGCCACGAUCAUGGACCUGCUACAUCCAGAACGUCCAAGCUGCCAGGCACCUAUGAUCUUAAUUGAAUUAGUUUUAUUUUUUUUAUUUAUUUAUUUUUUUUUACUCUUGACUCUUUCUGCAUUUUUUGCACUAAAAUCACAAGCACAUUUUGUGACAAUCAUAGAAGAUGAAUUUUAACUUUUUUACAUAUAAACAUUUAUACAGAAUUGGUAUCUGCCUGAUGUCCAUUUCAGUGCGUUUUGUACUGGUAUUUUGGGUAAAAUUUUGAAGCCGUGUUUCAUAAAGUGUGUUUUUAAUCCAGUUACUGUAUUCAGGCCAGAAUAUUUGUUUCUGAACCGUUCUCAUGGGGGUUUUACAAAAAGCAAAACCCAGUGAUUGAACCCUUUAAAAGGGUUCCUGAAGAGUAAAGGGUUCUGUAAUUGAGAGUAAACUCCUUGAAAAAUCGUGUUGCACAUGAAGAGAAAAGGCAGAGGAGUUAACGACCCUCAUGAUCUUAAUAUGGACUUGGAGUGAAAUGCAGGAAUGAAGCAGACAUGCAAUUCCAUCAGGGUCAUGAACAUGUAAUAUUUAUUAGAUAUGGCAGAUCUGUAAAGGACCUGUGGCUGAUUUCUUUGGUUAUAAUUAAAGGCCUGUCGAAGAUUUAACACUUUAAUUAUAUUAGAAGGACUGAACUUUUGCUCAGGUUUCUUAAGCAGGCUCUUCAAUUAGGGGGCCAAGCACUAAAUGUGUGCAGAUUCCCUAUUUUUUUACAUCCUUUUCUUAGUAAUUUUUCUAUUUCUUCAUCUUUUGGCUCGGUAGCCCGCAGAUAAAAUGUAUAAGUAGUUUUAUUUUCAGUGCACUUCCUGCUUCUUCCUGCUACUCUUUAGCUUCACCUGCUUCCCUUUUGAAUAUGAAUAUUUCUUUUUAUUUGAGUUUGACAUUUUGUGCAAAUGAUGAACAUGGACAUGAACAAGAACCUUUUCAGAACAUAGAACAUCAACAGAAACGAUAUUUUAUUCCAAAAAAAAAAAAAAACAGGCCAAGGCACUCAGCGAUCCACUUCUAUCCCGCGCUUCAGACAUUGUGCCUCGGUGUGCUCUAGUAGUUCCCGCUCGUGAACCACCUGAGAGUUCGCUUCCGACUUUGUGCCUGUAAACCGUUUUAUUUCAUUUUGGUUGCCAUUAUUGCUUUUGUGCAUAAACAUGUUUGUCUGUUUUUAGUACUUUAUUUUUUUUAGCCCCGAUCAGGGAACCAACCCCAGCCAUUAGGGUUGCACAAGCCUUAGUGCCGGUCCCAAGCCCGGAUAAAUGGGGAGGGUUGCGUUAGGAAGGGCAUCCAGCGUAAAACAUGUGCCAAUCAAACAUGCGGAUGAUCCGCUGUGGCGACCCCUAAUGGGAGAAGCCGAAAGAAAGUUUUAAUUUUUUUUAUAUAUAUAUUUUCAAGACUAUUUUGGGGGAGUCCAGCAAAUUAUUUUAUCUCCUGCACCCCGCACACAAGUAUUUUACCGCCCGCACCCGCAUUCACCAAGUAAAUCUUGUCCCGCGCCGCACUCGUUUGCGUCGAGUCCCACAGGUCUCUAUUGUCUACGGCAGGUCGUAGAACCAUGAUGAUAAAAAGUGGUGAAAUUGGGCACAAUAAGUAGUACAACAGCGUUUUAGUGCCAUGUUAAAAAAAUAAAUAAAUAUUAAGAUUACGAGAUUAAAAUCGCAGUAGUACGAGAAUAAAGAGAAUACACUCCUUCAGGGUUGAGUUCUUUUAUCAACAUUAUAGUCACAUGAGAAACAUAGGUUCCCUGGUGGUCUAGUGGUUAGGAUGCGGCGCUUUCACCGCUGUGGCCCAGGUUCGAUCCCCGGUCAGGGAACCAACCCCAGCCACUCUUAGUGCCGGUCCCAAGCCUGGAUAAAUGGAGAGGGUUGCGUUAGGAAGGGCAUCCAGCGUAAAAACGUGCCAAAUCAAAAAUGCAGAUGAUCUGACAGGUUUAGCAAUUCACAAUUAUAUUUUUAAUUUUAAAAAAGUUGCCUAUUUCUCCUACAUAUUUUGUUCAAUUGUCACCAUAUUAUUCUCUAAGGGGUCAAUCAGUUGGACAAAGCAAAGCCCUCAAACAGAAAGAGAUGCUGUAUCAGCAACUUUUUGUCAGAGCACCUACUGGUCAGAAGUUGCAAUAACAUUUAUAAACAAUGAUACAUCCCACUACCAACAGAGCGCCUUCUCCUCCUCCUCCUUCUAACUGUUGUCCAGUUGUUCAUCUAGACCUUUCCUGUUACAAAAACAUACAUAUCAUGAGUGAAACCACAGAUCAUACUUGAAUCUAUUUGGAUAAUUAUACCGCUUUGAUUUGCUACCAUUGCAAGGCAACAAUUGGUGCUUGGUUUUAAUUGUAUGUAUUGUUAUUUAAUGUUACACUGAAGGGUUUUAUUUAUCAAGAUGCAGAAUGAUUAGGGGAACUAUGCUGUUGAAUAAAGAUGCACAGAUCUGUUAUCUUACAUAUGAUAAAUAAAUACAACUAUUAUUAAAACGUUUAAUGAACAGCAAGGCUGCAAUAUCUGUGAUCUGUACGUAAACUGUAAGUUUCUACACAAAAAAUCAUUUGUAUUUACAAAAAUAUUUUACCUUGUACAUCUUUCGAAUGCUACUUUGGAAAAGAAAUAUUGUUGUUGCUUUUUUAAUGCUAAAUGAAAUGAGAAUUUUUGGGGGGGGACAUGAAGAAAUGUAUUUUAACUGUCAGUGUUUUAUAUAAAGUUUGUACACUGUUGUAUCAGUCAAUUCUAUCAGUCAGUGACUGUAAUGGGCAGAAAUGUCAGGAAUUAAAUUGGGUGUUUCAUUUCGUGGUCAACAUUGUCUACAAUAAAACUGUAACACUCAUGUA